UCAGCAAUCAAAAAACUAGUCCUUUCUCUCGCUCUUUCUAUCCACAUGACCGUAUCAAACAAAUCACUUUCUUUCUCGCCUAUCAUCUCUAGUCAAAAUUUACUCCUUUCUUGCUUUCUUUGUUUCUUUUUAACCUUUUCUUUGCUCGCCCCUUUUAUAUAUCCUCACCCAUCUUCCUCUCAGCUUCUCAACUACAAGAAAAGGGCACUUGGGCCUCGUUUUAAUUCUCUACGCUUUCUGUUCUUCUUGCAACUGAUCUUGUGAUCCCAUUAGCUUUUUCAGCUCUUUUCAUCUUUAUAACUCAACAUUCUUCUCUUUCUCUUUUAAGCCCAACUUUCAUGUUUGUUGCUUUUAAUUCGGCUUAUCAGAGCUUUAUCUUAGCCUUCUUUUUCACUUCCUUCUCCCACAUAGCAAUAGCUCUGUUUAAUAUCUUCUAUCCAAAGCCUGGGUACAAGCCACAGCUGUAGCUGUUUCGAAGUAUAUCAGUAGUUUGAACUUGUCCUUGGCUGCAUUUUUCUAAAUGGAAAAGCAUACUCUCAUCGGUGAACUAACACAAGGGAAGGAGCUCACGGAACAGCUCAAACACCAUCUUAACCCUGCAUCGUCACUUCAAACUCGUGAAUUCCUUGUUGGAAAGAUAAUUUCUUCUUAUGAGAAAGCACUUUCUUUGCUGAAUUGUGGUGCUAGUUUUGAUGUUCACCAUAACCCCAAUAUUUGCAUAUCAGAAUCGAUGCACCCAAUUCAUAAGCGUAGCCCGAGAAGUGAAAUCCCUGAUGAAGACUGCAAAGACCAAGCUCAGAAAAAUGUAUUCAAGAAAAGAAAGACACAGCAAAGAUGUACAGAACAAGUGAAGGUGUGUUCAGGAACAGGACUAGAUGGUCCGCUUGAUGAUGGUUAUAGCUGGAGGAAAUAUGGUCAAAAAGAUAUUCUUGGAGCUAAAUUUCCAAGGGGAUAUUAUAGAUGCACUCACCGUCACUCGCAAGGUUGUUUGGCGAUAAAGCAAGUACAAAGAUCAGACGAGAACCCUUCAAUUUUUGAAGUGACCUAUCGACGAAGGCAUACGUGCGUCCAAGCUUCGCACUCAGCAAUGUCUAAUGACAACCCUAAACAGAACCAAGGACAUCCUCAGCUACAACAAGAAAAGCCACAUAAUAAAGAGAAGCCAAUACCAACAACAAUGGAGGAGUUCCUUAACUCGGAAGGACUUAUAGUUAAAACUGAGAAUUUGGAUACUGGGGAGGAAAUCUUUCCAUCCUUUUCCUUCCUGGAUGCAUUGAUCGACAAACAUAAUGAAGAAAACAGUUUCGUGGGCAGCCUUUCUCCGACAUUUAUAUCUCCAGCGACUUCCGAGUCCAACUAUUUCUCGACGUCGUCUUGCCAGUUUGACACCCUAGGAAUAGGCUACAAUGUGCAGACUCCAGAGUCGGAACUCACGGAGAUAGGCUCGGUUCCGACUUCGGUCACUAAUUCUCCAAUAGGGGAUUUUGACUUCUCUAACAUGGAUCUCGAAACCAGUUUCCAAUUUGGCAACUUGGAGUUGGAAUUCCUUGCUUAGGAGUGUUAGCCACAUACUGCAUUAAACGUAUCAAUAUAGCCUUAGAAAGGGGGAUAGAGUAGAAAUUUUCCAGCUGAUUAGGUAGCUGAAUUUUGGAAAUAAUGUGUAGCCUGUUAGUCCAUUUUUCCUGUUUCUUUCUUUUCUUUCCUCACUCAACUUAUUGGUUAUUUCAAGAUGCUGCAGUGUUGUAAUUAUUGUUUUACCUGUUUCUUAAUCUUGAAUGUAUUCAUAAUCUCAUGCGAUUCAUUCUCAA